ACAAAAGAGAAAUUCAAAACAAAAUGGUCGCCAACCUCUAAGCGUUGGCAACAUACACACAAGCUUCUAGUCAAGGCUAGAGUGUUUUCUAUAGCUUAAUUACUACUAGUGUAAAAUCUAUGUACACUAGACACCGUUCAAAUGCAGCUGGAGCCAAAAAGACAGACAAGGAAGACAUUUUCUAAGAAAGAAUUUGAAAGGCGUUGGUGCUUGUUGUAGGCAAUUGUGUGCUCGUGUUGGAAUGGAGGGGGGAAGGGGCAGCACUUGGGCUAAUUUUGAAGAGACUGCUCAAAAGAAUGAUGCUCUGAUGGGCUGGCCCCCGUCUCGUAACCCCCUCUCCCCUACUACAGGCAGGCUCUGCAGAGAAGAUAUGGCGAUAUACGGUGAGGAGCCUGCUCUGGACAGCUUGUCUCUGGUGGUGUGUGGGGACUGCGGGCGUGUGGUCAAAAGUCAGGCGCUAGUUAACCAUAAAGAGCAAUACCACUCUCAGCAGUUGGACAUCCCGACCCCGCGUCCUGUGAUACCUCCCUACACUCCCCCACUGAGGACCCCCCACACAGUUGGCCUGUCGUCCAGUGCCAUGAGUACCCCUCUAGGGGGUGUACGAGGUGACAGGGUCAUGGGAUUUACUGCCAGUGACCUACCGUCAACCGCAUUCAGUGGAGCCACUACAGUGAAGGCAAUAAAGGAGUAUGACCCUACCCGUCACUGUGGUGUGUGGAUUGAGGAGGAGAAGAGACAGUGCACCCACUCACUCAACUGCAAGAUCCACUCUCUGGAUGCCCGUCAGAGUGUGAGGGGGAGGAGCAAAUCUUUUGCCCUCCUGCUCAAAGAGAGGAAGCUGAAAAAGAAAAAAGAAAAGUUACCAAAGAGGACUGAUUCUCAGCUUCCCACAGCUUCAACGUCCUCAAUACUAUCCCCUUCACCCACCACUCAGCACUUUGAGUUAGUGAGUCCGGUGAGUGCUCCUUCAUCUGUUGGCCAACCCUUCCUGUCAGAAGGUGGUGGUCUGACCACGCCCCCCACUGAGCCUAAUGACGAGGCUGUCCCUGUGGACAUGGAUUCAUUCCCCAAGCCACUUGCUGUUUGUUCGUUUGGUUUACGCUCCAACUUGAAGGGAUGUGGCCAGUUGCCAGGGCGAUGGACGGACAGUCUUCGAGCGACUCUAGCUACUCUUAGUGGAAGGACUAAAGACUAUAGCCACACCACCUUACACCGGAAACACAGCUAUAACUCGUUAUCAAGCCAGAGAGCACAGAGAAAAUAUUACAAUCAUCGACAUCACAGACAACGUCUAAAUCUUCCUUCCCAGCCAUCACUCAGGCUCCCUGUACCACCUCAUCCACAUCCCCCACCACACACACCUUCACACCCUCUCUCCUCACCCCUCACGGCAAGCACAGUCCUCACAAACAUAUCCUCACUUGUCAGCCUCUCAUCAUCCCCACACAACCCUUUGUCAUCACCGGCAACACAAGAAGACAGCUCCAUGGACACUCGCGUGCCACCAGUCGAAAGGUCAACUACGACGAUGACCCCAUCUUACACUCAUAUUGUUAACCCUUCGAUCAGUGAAGGAAUGCUACCUGAAGCUGGUUCAGGGUUCUUAAACCAUGCUCUUGGCCACCUAAUGCCUCAACAUGAACAGCCUACAGAGAGUAUGGAAACAGAGUCUAAUGAUCAAAUGCAAAAUUCAAAACCCUCUGGUAAGAAGUCCAAAUCACGACGGACCAAACGAAAGAAGCAUAAACAGUCGAGGAUCACCCUAGACAACUCUGCCAGUGUGGAAGAGUUGCGUAACUCCAAUGACUCCAGACACGAAGACAGGGCUACUCCUGGGGACGUAUGGAACACUCGUGGUGACCAACCUUCCGUCAAUGGAGCACUCUCCGACACCCAUCUUGAGACAGAAGUUAGAGGUCAGCCCCCACCCACACAGAGAUCAGGGGUUAGGGUGAAGGAGGAGCUUGUCAGCGAUACAGAGGAGAUUGCCUCCUGUCACCAGGCACCAACCACUAAGUCUCCAACAGUUGGUCUCAAUGGAGUGGUUGCCCCAAACGUUGCCUCUCCAGUGCAUGCUACCUUUAACUCGGUCAACUCUCCUCAGUCGUUUGUCAUCAAUCCCUCCCGUCAGCUCCCUGGCACCUAUCCCCUUAUGACCACUCUCUCCCCUCACAUGCGGAACAUGCUACCAAUUCCAGGGAUGCCGCAGAAUGCCAAUCUGUUUCCGUCUCAGCAGGCUCCUCGGUUUCAACUGGCGACCAAUCAAGUCACGUCUCCCGCUGGCACCACCUCUCCCCUCCACCCCGGCCUACAACUCAUACCAGAGACAAUACAGAGACAAAUUAUGCAACAAAAUGCUGCUCUCCUGUUUGCCAGCAACAAUGCCUUCUUGCAACAACACCAGCUUCAGCAACAGAGCAACAGUCUCCCUCCUGGUGGCUUCAUCAACCUGGCUUCAAUGAGGACUGGUCAACAACAGAAAUCGCCCUCUCUCGGAGGAGUGGCCCCUGGGUUGCCACAGUUACACCAUGUUGGAGGAUCCACGGGGCCUGGUAACCUUGGAAAGAGUGGUCAAGUAACACCACCGAUGUUAUCAAACUUUCAACUACCAAACCGAGCAUCCCAACCAAAUAAUAAAGUCCGAGCUCCCAUUUCGCACAUACCGUCUACUACCCAGAGAAGUUUACCCCAACUGUCGUCCCUUGGUCAAGCUCAGAGUAUUCCUGGCCUCAAUCAAUCUGUUUACCAUCAUGGAAAACAAGUCAACACUCCUUCUAGUGCAACUCAGAGAUUCCCGUCACAGGUCACGUGAUAUCAAAGGUGUGUCAUGUGAUUCAUUGCAUGGCACACGGCUUGUGUAAUGAAUCCUGGACACGUAGCUCUGUGCUUGGUUUAUUUAUAUAUACAUGUUCCUCUGUUCUGUUUGUGAAUGCUUGGGUUCACUUUUUAUCAUUUAGUCACUCUUCUCUCACAGUACGAAUUUGUUACCUAAUCAAGAUCAAAACAUUGUCACAAUGUUAAAUUCUUCGCUCUCAAUAAAUUGCACUUUUAUGCAGCAGUUUGUACAGCAAACCCCAUCUCAUUUGCUUAUUAGCAGCUCUUCUUUAUUGGAAAAUUGUACAGUCUAGUCUUAAUUGUACAUGUAUGUCACAGUCACUUGUGUUGCAGUGGAUAUUAUGUUGCUCAUGUCUGAA